AUGUGUGACGAAGAAGUUGCUGCCCUUGUUGUUGAUAAUGGAUCAGGUAUGUGCAAAGCUGGAUUUGCAGGAGAUGAUGCUCCACGUGCCGUCUUCCCAUCUAUUGUUGGAAGACCAAGACAUCAAGGAGUCAUGGUUGGUAUGGGACAAAAAGACUCAUAUGUAGGUGAUGAAGCUCAAUCAAAAAGAGGUAUUCUUACUCUUAAAUACCCAAUUGAACACGGUAUUGUCACCAACUGGGAUGAUAUGGAAAAAAUCUGGCAUCACACUUUCUACAAUGAGCUUCGUGUAGCUCCAGAAGAACACCCAGUUCUUCUUACCGAAGCCCCACUUAAUCCAAAGGCUAACAGAGAAAAGAUGACACAAAUUAUGUUCGAAACAUUCAAUACCCCAGCCAUGUAUGUUGCUAUUCAAGCUGUUCUUUCUCUCUAUGCUUCUGGACGUACCACUGGUGUUGUCCUUGAUUCUGGAGAUGGUGUUACUCACACCGUACCAAUCUAUGAAGGAUAUGCUCUUCCACAUGCUAUCCUUCGUCUUGAUUUGGCUGGACGUGAUCUCACUGAUUACCUUAUGAAAAUCCUUACUGAACGUGGUUAUUCAUUCACCACAACCGCUGAACGUGAAAUUGUUCGUGAUAUCAAAGAAAAACUCUGUUAUGUUGCCCUUGACUUCGAACAAGAAAUGGCCACUGCUGCUUCAUCUUCUUCUCUUGAAAAAUCAUAUGAACUUCCUGAUGGACAAGUUAUCACUGUCGGUAAUGAACGUUUCCGUUGUCCAGAAGCUAUGUUCCAACCAUCAUUCUUGGGUAUGGAAUCUGCUGGUAUUCAUGAAUCUACCUACAACUCUAUCAUGAAAUGUGAUAUUGAUAUCCGUAAAGAUCUUUAUGCUAACACCGUUCUUUCUGGAGGUACCACAAUGUAUCCAGGUAUUGCUGAUCGUAUGCAAAAGGAAAUCACCGCUCUUGCCCCAUCUACAAUGAAAAUUAAAAUCAUUGCUCCACCAGAAAGAAAAUACUCUGUCUGGAUUGGAGGAUCCAUCUUGGCUUCUCUUUCCACCUUCCAACAAAUGUGGAUCUCCAAACAAGAAUAUGAUGAAUCAGGUCCAUCAAUCAGUAAUGGAUUUGUUUUGGGAGCAUUAGCAUUAGCAGCAAUUGGAUAUGGGGGAAAAUUUUUUUUACGACAUCAAAAAUCUAUAAAAAAGGCUGCUGAAUCUUUACCAGGAGCAAGUGAUGCUUUUUCAAAAUAUUAUAAAGGUGGUUUUGAACCAAAGAUGACGAGAAGGGAGGCAGCACUAAUUUUGGGUGUACAACCAUCAGCAAAACCAAUUAAAAUAAAAGAAGCUCAUAAAAGAAUUAUGAUUGCAAAUCAUCCUGAUAGAGGUGGAUCACCAUAUUUGGCAGCUAAGAUUAAUGAAGCAAAAGAAAUGUUAGAUUCAAAAACAUAA